CUCUUACUUUAUGACCAUGAUUAUUUAUGACUCUCUCUCUCUCUCUCUCUCAAUAUAGCACACUCACAUUACAUAUGCACAACCCCACCAAUCCAUCAACUCUACUUGAUCUUUUGAUGCUUAAAGUGUAAUAGGGUUGUGCUUUUUGGUUUCAUCUUACAAACAUUUUUUUCCUUUUUUUUUUUGUAUGAUCACACACUAUUUUCAUAAUUCUCAUGUAUGCAAAGCUUAGAGCUUUCAUUCUGAAAAAAAAAAAGUAGGAAACUUUGGUGGCUUAAAACUUAGAAAACUUAGGUUUAUGUUUUAAUUGCAGAUUUUCUAACAUUAUUAGUACUUUACUGUGACAUGCAUUCAAUUUUUGCUUCACAUGCUGCUGCUUCCACUGAAUUCUGUCCAAUUUGUUCUGUCAUUGGGUUUAUUGUGAAAUUUGAGAGAUCUUCUUAAUUGAUCUAACUUUCCUUAAGAGGAAAAUGGUGCUGCAGAUGAUUUUUCUGCUAUUUAAUCUACAUUCUGUCCUUGGUAUUCAACAGCUUCAUGAAUAUGCAGCCACCAAUCUAGGCCAUUCAAGCGACAGAAGUCAUGUAAGUAUUGCAGUGCCACCAUCAAGGUCAUCUUCUUAUGUUCCUUCAAGUAUUGCACAACCACCUGCCAAAUCAUCGACGGGCAUUGCUGCUACAAGUGUUGCAUUUCCACCUUCCAAGUCAACUUCUAGAACUCCUAAAAAGAAAUGGAAACAUGGUUCUGUGGAUUCUCCAAAAUUACAUCAUAAGCAUCACUAUUCCAUAAGAAAGAACCACGAUCCAUCUCCAGGGCCGGCUUAUCCAAUUCAGGCUCCUACUUACAGCCAUCAAGGUCCUUCAGUUUUCAAAGCACAACCUCCUUUCUCUUCGCCAAAGAUCAAAUUUAUCCAUGCACCUGCACCAUCACCAACAUAUCGCUCGAGCCAUCUAGAUGCGCCAUCCGUUUCACCUCUAGGUUCAUCAUUGAAGAAGAUUAAGACUCCCCCACCAGCAUAUACAUUGGUUCUUCCCCCUCCACCUCCUAAUAAAGAUUGCUUGUCCAUUACUUGCUCUGAGCCUUUGACAUACACACCGCCUGGAUCACCUUGUGGUUGUGUAUGGCCACUUCAAGUUAAACUCCGCAUAAGCAUUUCAAUAUACAAGUGUUUUCCUCUGGUUUCAAAGCUAGCUGAGGAAAUUGCAUCAAGUGCUUUGCUGAACCAUACCCAAGUUCGCGUUGUGGGAGCUGAUGCAGCUAAUCAACAACUAGAGAAAACCAAUAUUAUCAUAAACUUGGUACCUAAGGGAGUCAAAUUUGAUGAUACUACAGCAUUUUUAAUAUACAAAAAAUUCUGGCACAAGGAGGUUCUAAUAGAUGCUUCCCUCUUUGGUUCUUAUGAAGUACUCUAUGUUCACUAUACAGGUCUUCCACCAUCUCCACCUUCAACUCCUUCAGAUAUCGAUGAUGGGCCGAAUCCAGGUCGUGACAACAAUGGAAUGAUGAUGAAACCUUUAGGAGUAGAAGUUCCAAAAAAAGAGAAAGUGCGGAGCAAUGGAAGAAUGAUUUUUAUAAUUGUGCUGUCAUCAAUUACUGCUUUUGUUCUGUUCCUUGGACUUUCUUGGCUUUGUCUGUUGAAAUACAGUUCUUGUACUCAUCAACAUGAACAAGUUUCACAUAGCUUAACACCAUCCUCUUCAAAACAGACAAGGGUUUCAGGGCCAUUAAAUCAUGGGAUCGUGUCAGGAUCUGGAUCACGAUCCAUCAAUUCUCCAACGAUAACAUAUACAGGGUCUGCAAAGAUUUUUACCUUGAAUGACUUAGAGAAAGCAACAAAUAACUUUGACUCUUCAAGAAUAUUAGGAGAAGGUGGCUUUGGAAUUGUUUACAAAGGUGUUCUAAAUGAUGGGAGGGAUGUAGCAGUGAAGGUUCUUAAAAGAGAUGAUCGGCGAGGUGGCCGUGAAUUCUUGGCCGAAGUUGAGAUGCUUAGUCGCCUGCACCAUAGAAAUUUAGUUAAAUUGAUAGGUAUAUGCAUAGAGAAACAAACGCGUUGCCUAGUCUAUGAGCUUGUCCCUAAUGGAAGUGUGGAAUCUCACUUGCACAGUGCUGACAAGGAAAGUGAUCCAUUGGAUUGGAAUGACCGGAUGAAGAUUGCUCUUGGCGCAGCUCGGGGAUUAGCUUAUCUACAUGAAGAUUCCAAUCCGUAUGUCAUUCACCGGGACUUCAAGUCCAGUAACAUCUUGUUAGAAAAUGAUUUUACCCCCAAGGUUUCAGAUUUUGGAUUGGCUAGAACAGCACUGGAAGAGGGGAACAAACACAUCUCGACACAUGUCAUGGGAACAUUCGGCUACUUAGCUCCUGAAUAUGCAAUGACCGGCCAUCUUCUCGUCAAAAGUGAUGUUUACAGUUACGGUGUUGUACUCCUUGAGCUCCUGACAGGUAGAAAGCCUGUGGAUUUGUCACAACCACCAGGUCAAGAAAAUCUCGUGACAUGGGUUCGUCCACUUCUCACGAGCAAUGAAGGUUUGCAGAUGAUCAUAGAUCCAGUUGUAAAGCCAAACUUAUCAAUUGAUACCGUGGUAAAAGUUGCAGCCAUUGCAUCCAUGUGUGUGCAACCCGAAGUAUCUCAACGACCUUUCAUGGGAGAAGUUGUUCAGGCCUUGCAGCUUGUAUGCAGUGAGUUUGAGGAAACAAGCUAUGUAAGAUCAAGUAGUUUUCAAAAAGAGGGUCUUGUAACCAAUGUGGAAAGAAAUUUUUUGGAGGUUUCAGAUGAGAGAGUGGACUUUUCGGAGUAUCGAAAAACACUUUAUGGCUAUCAAUCUGGUGAAGAAAAGGUAAGAUUAUCAGCUUCAGAACUAUUAAGUACUUCAGGCCAAGAAUUUGAGUCAUUCAGAAGGAAAUCUACUUCAGGGCCUCUUACUAAUGAGAAGAAAAUACACUUCUGGCAAAAAUUGAGAGGUUUGUCUAGAGGUAGCACCAGUGAACAUGGAUUUUCAACUAAACUAUGGCCUGGAUCUCAUUAAGCUUUCACCACUUCCUGAAAACAAAUCAUGAUGAAAGUGGACUUCUGUCUAUUACUAGAACUAAAACAGAAGUCUAUGAUUUGGUUGUUCUUUCUUAUUGUUAUAAAAAAUGGCAAUUUUUUUCAUGGUCAACACCAAAAAACAGCCAUCUUGUUGGUCACAAACUUAUGGAGCAAAAUGAAUAAACUUGUGUCAUUGUAAAAGCUAUAAAUGUUACAAUUGAAUUAUAGAAACUUAAGGUGUAUCAUGUCAUGUA